AUGAAAACAAGGUAUAUGAUAACAGAGUUCCUCACUGACCAAGGUUCAUCGAUAUUUCUCUACGAGUUUGUGCCGGUGUUACAGUAUUUUAUGGCCGAUCCGUUGGCUAAAUACAAGCAAUACUUCAAUGAUUUAAUGACUUAUACGCGAGAUAUCUAUCAAACACACGACAAGACUCACGACAGCGAGAAUUUGCGUGACUUUUGUGAUAUACUUAUUGCCGCUAAACACGAGGCCAUUGCCGACGACAAACAGACGGCACCCUAUCUUACCGAUGAUAACCUACCGGCGGCUUUGAUCGACUUGUUAGCAGGUGGCACGGAAACUAGCCAGACCUCUUUUCUAUGGGCCGUGUUAUUUAUUGCAUAUUAUCCUGAUUAUCAGGAUAAGUUACGCAAUGAAAUUAACAAUGAACUUGGUGAUUGUAUGCCCGUCAUUGAGGAUAAAUCGAAACUAAACUACACGAUGGCGUUUAUAUCGGAAAUAUUGCGAUACAAAAAUCCAAUACCAAUUGGUGUUCCCCAUAAAAUGUUAGAUGACAGCCAACUAGAGGUCUCCAAACUGAGCAAGGUGUAUGGCCCGGUGUUUACCCUAUGGAUCGGUCCCUUACCAUUCGUGUUCAUAUGCGACCCCGAUAUGGGUCGCCAGGCGUUUACUAAAUGUGAAUUUUCCGGUCAAAUUUUCAAUAACGAGAGUCACUCGGAUGUAGUGUUCAAUGAUUCUGGUAAAUGUUGGAAAAGUCUACGCCGAGUAUCGCUUACGGCUAUUCGUAAAUACGCGAAAUCAAAGGCAUUGUCUGAAGUUGUGGACGAAAAUGUACGCCAAAUGAUCGACAAUAUUGCUAAAGAUGUGGCCAUUAAUACACCAUUUAAGUCAAAGUCGUACGCAUACAACAUGUUUGUCAAUAUUAUGGGUUCAGUUGUGUUUAGCAAAAAGAUUAACAACGAUCAAGCUGUGUUAACAAAAACACGAUACAUGAUUACAGAGUUUCUCACUGACCUAGGUCCGUCGUUAUUUCUCUACCAGUUUGUGCCGGCCAUUGCCGACGACAAACAGACGGCACCCUAUCUUACCGAUGAUAACCUACCGGCGUCUUUAAUUGAUAUGUUAACAGAGGUCUCCAAACUGAGCAAGGUGUAUGGCCCAGUGUUUACCCUAUGGAUCGGUCCCUUACCAUUCGUGUUCAUUUGCGACCUCGAUAUGGGUCGCCAGGCGUUUACUAAAUGUGAAUUUUCCGGUCAAAUUUUCAAUAACGAGAGUCACUCAGAUGUAGUGUUCAAUGAUUCUGGUAAAUGUUGGGAAAGUCUACGCCGAGUAUCGCUUACGGCUAUUCGGAAAUACGCGAAAUCCAAGGCAUUGUCUGAAGUGGUGGACGAAAAUGUACGCCAAAUGAUAGACAAUAUUACUAAAGAUGUGGCCAUUAAUACACCAUUUAAGCCAAAGCCCUACGCAUACAACAUGUUUGUCAAUAUUAUGGGUUCAGUUGUGUUUAGCAAAAAGAUUAACAACGAUCAAGCUGUGUUAACAAAAGCACGAUAUAUGAUUACAGAGUUCCUCACUGACCUAGGUCCAUCGCUAUUUCUCUACCAGUUUGUGCCGGUGUUACAGUAUUUUAUGGCCGAUCCGUUGGCAAAAUACAAGCAAUACUUCAAUGAUUUAAUGACUUAUACGCGUAAUAUAUAUCAAACACAUGACAAGACUCACGACAGCGAGAAUUUGCGUGACUUUUGUGAUAUACUUAUCGCCGCUAAACACGAGGCCAUUGCCGACGACAAACAGACGGCACCCUAUCUUACCGAUGAUAACCUACCGGCGGCUUUGAUCGAUAUGUUAAUAGCUGGCUCGGAAACUACCCAGACCUCUUUCCUAUGGACCCUGUUAUUUAUUGCAUAUUACCCUGAUUAUCAGGAUAGGUUACGCGAUGAAAUUAACAAUGAACUUGGUGAUUGUAUGCCUGUCAUUGAGGAUAAAUCGAAACUAAACUACACGAUGGCCUUUAUAUCGGAAAUAUUGCGAUACAAAAAUGCAACACCAAUUGGUGUUCCCCAUAAAAUGCUAGAUGACAGCAAACUAGAGGUCUCCAAACUGAGCAAGGUGUAUGGCCUGGUGUUUACCCUAUGGAUCGGUCCCUUACCAUUCGUGAUUAUAUGCGACCUCGAUAUGGGUCGCCAGGCGUUUAAUAAAUGUGAAUUUGCCGGUCGAAUAGACAUGUUAUUUGGUGAAAUAUACAAUAACGAACGUCACGCAGAUAUUGCAUUUAAUGAUUAUGGUAAAUGUUGGGAAAGUCUACACCGAGUAUCGCUUUCUGCUAUUCGAAAAUACGCGAAAUCCAAGGCAUUGUCUGAAGUGGUGGACGAAAAUGUACGCCAAAUGAUCGACAAUAUUACUAGAGAUGUGGCCAUUAAUACACCAUUUAAGCCAAAACUCUACGCAUACAACAUGUUUGUCAAUAUUAUGGGUGACGCCAUGUUUAGCAAAAAGAUUAACGACGAUCAAGAUGUGCAAAUGAAAAUAAAGUAUACGAUAACAGAUUUCCACACUGACCUAGGUGCAUCGCUUUUUCUCUACCAGUUUGUACCGGUGUUACGCUAUUUGAUGGCCAAUCCGAUGGCUAAAUACAGGCAAUACUUCAAUGAUUUAAUGAAUUAUACUCGAGAUAUAUAUCAAACACACGACAAGACUCACGACAACGAGAAUUUGCCGGGGUUAAUGGGAGCGCCAACACCUCCCACACCGCCAACACCGCCGGGGAAACCGCCGAACUGUCCGGGAAAGCCACCGAACUGA